AUGUCAAGGACGUCAACAUACAGCUUGCCGGGAAAUGAAAAAUCCUCUCGAUGCAACAAAAUAUUAAUUGAUGGGUUGACCGAUGCAGAAAAAGAAGAAAUUCUGAAAUAUCACAAUGAAAUAAGACAAAAAAUAGCUGCUGGAGAAGAAACUCGAGGUGAUCCUGGGCCUCAACCGGCAGCUAAAGAAAUUCCUCCCCUCACUUGGGACGAUGAAUUAGCAAAUAUCGCCCAAAAAUGGGCCAAUCAGUGCACUGUCAAUCACGAUUCUUGUAGAAACGUUGAGAGGUUUUGGGUGGGUCAAAAUACUGCUUAUAGGGGUACUUCCGAGGACAUAAGUAUCUAUAGCAUAACCGAUAUGAUUGACUUGUGGUACAACGAGGUCAAACUUUUCGAUUGCUCUGAAGUUGACAAAUUUACUUUCUCGAGACCUGCCACAGCACACUAUUCGCAAAUGGUUUGGGCUGAUACUAAAAUAGUUGGAUGCGGGGCUGUGCGAACUCAUAGCAGUGGAUUGAACCGUUUUUAUCUAAUUUGUAACUAUGGACCCGCAGGAAAUGUGCUUGGAGAGCCUGUGUACAUCAUGCCGUGUAGUGCAACCAAGCUUGUAGCUAGUGCUAGGACGCAAGUAUUCGACCUGGUUGCCACGACACUGCCCAGCCCGUUGCACCGUGCUGGAAGCGACUUCCAGCCGGCGACGAAACAGCGCCGCAUAUUAAAUCCAGCGAUCGAGUUCGACACGCUGAGCAGCGAAACCUCGACGACUAAGGCCAUUAUCCAUGGCCCAUUGGUGAACAGCGUUGGCAUCAGCAGUCAUGCGAGACACCAAAUCUCUGAACUGGGACGGCGGGGCGUGAAAAAUGAUUUGUGUAUCGUCUGCAAAGAUGAUGGCAUGUGA